GGAUAUAUAGGGACAGGGGCCAUAAAGGGACAGAGGCCAUAAAGGGACAGUGACAGGGGCCAUAAAGGGACAGGGACCCUACAGGGACAGUGACAGGGACCCUACAGGGACAGGCACAGGGGCCAUACAGGGACAGGGACAGGGGCCAUAUAGGGACAGGGGCCAUAUAGGGACAAGGACCCUACAGGGACAGGGACCAUAUAGGGACAGUGACAGGGACCAUACAGGCACAAGGACCCUACAGGGACAGUGACAGGGGCCAUUCAGGGACAGGGACCCUACAGGGACAGGGACCCUACAGGGACAGGGACCCUACAGGGGCAGGCACAGGGGCCAUACAGGGACUUGGGCCAUAUAGGAGCCCUAUAGGACCACCAGACCCUGUGACAGGGUGACCAUGGAGGUCACUGUCCCCCCCCACAUCCUGCUCCUGGCACUCUCCACACUCUGGGCUGGAGACCCCAACUAGGAAUUGCCACCGUGGCCACCACGUGCUGUCCCCCGGGGGGCUCGUGGUGGCCGCAGCAGUGUCCCCAGCGCGGGGACAGCAGCUCCUCCCACCCCAAACUCGGCGGCUGGAAAAGGCAGAGCGGCGGCGAUGGAGACAAGAUGGGCCCAGCCCGGCCCCGCCAACUGGAGCAACUGCCGCAGCCAUGGGAUCGCAGCUGGAAGGGGCCAUGGAGACCCUGAUCAAUGUCUUCCACCACUACUCGGGCAAGGAGGGCGACAAGUACAAGCUGAGCAAGAAGGAGCUCAAGGAGCUGCUGCAGAGCGAGCUGGGAUGUUUCCUGGAGACCCAAAAGGACGCGGGGGCCGUGGAGAAGAUCAUGCAGGACCUGGAUGAGAACGGCGAUGGGGAGGUGGAUUUCCAGGAAUUCGUGGUCCUGGUGGCCGCCCUGACCGUGGCCUGCAACACUUUCUUCUGGGAGAACGCCUGACCCCCCCCCAAUUCCUGCUGCUUUGGUUCCCAAAAUCCAGAUCCCCCCCAGCGCACCCCCAGCUCAUCCCACGGCAUUCCCAGGGGAUCCCACUGGGAUCCAGCCGCACA